AUGGAAUCCGUCAUUAAGGUAUUAUAUCAAGUUUGUAAAACGUACUGCGGGAAAACCGCCCCUUCUAAGAAGGAGGUGGGUACCGUUCUUUCUUUUCUUGUAAAGGAGGGACUUCUUUCCUUUCCUUAUGAGAUUUAUGACUCCAGCAAGUGGGACUCUUUGACAUUAGCGCUUGCUCAGAGAGCUAUGUCGUCCCAAGGGGCGUCGGUGCUUAAAUUUUGGGGUCUGAUUUGGAGCACUCUGAAGGCAGCGAGGGAAGAAAAGACUGCCAAAAACCUUGCCAGAGAUCUGUUGGGUUUGGAUCCGGGCGGGGGAGGGUCACCGCGGUCGGGAGACUCUAACCUCUUCAAGGAUCUGCCCCAAGACAAGAUGGCACCGGAGGCACCGACUAUGCCAGAAACACCAACACUGGAAAAGAAGGAGGAAGAGUCACCAUCAUCACCGACGGCUCCGCCCCCGUAUCCUCUCCAGUACCCCUCUUUGCAUGGCUUUCGUCAGGGGGAGGAUCCUACACGGGUAGGGGCAGGGGUAGGGGCAGGGGCCGAGGUAUUGCUGGCUGCAGCUCCGCCCUCAGGGGCCGAGCGAUUGAUGGUUGCAGCUCUGCCCCCAUCACCCGUUCUGCCCUCCCAAACGGUCAGGGUCCCAGCUAACUUGGGAAAAGGGGCCUUAUUUAUCGAUUGGGGCCGGGUAAGGGAGGAGAUGAGAGCGGCAGAUCUUUUGGAUGAUUAUAGGGCAUUCCCUGUAGAGAUCAGGGGACAGGGACCUGUUUGGGUUCCUUUAGAUCCAAAGGUAGUAACUCGCCUUGCUGAGACAAUAGGGAAGAAGGGUUUACGAUCGCCCGCUACACUCUCUGCACUGGAGGCAAUUAUGGCUCCCGGACCUUUGCUCCCAUAUGAUAUAGAGGGUCUCAUGCAGGUGAUACUUGAGCCAGCGCAGUAUAUGUUAUGGAAGGAAGAGUGGUUGGCACAGCUCAGGGCUGUAGUUGCAGCAGCGACAUGUAACCCACAACACCCAGCAAAUGGCAGGGAACAGGGAGAGAUAACUAAUCUGACACGGUUGUUAGGGUAUGGGGAACGCAUGAUAGGGUCCCCUGAAGGCCAGUUCAGACGCCUUCGCCCAGGAGAGCUGAUGGCGGCCACAGAAGCAGCUCUGACAGCCUUCAGAAGGUUCUCCAAGACAGCUGAACCUUCUGCUCCCUGGGCAGAGGUAGCCCAGGGUCCAGCUGAGUCAUUCUCGGAUUUUGCCAAUCGCUUGAUUCGGGCAGUAGAAGGCUCAGAUCUGCCAAAGAUUGCCCAUAAUGCAGUAAUCAUGGAUUGUCUUAAACAGAAAUCACACCAAAAUGUUAAGGAUCUUAUUCGAGCUGCUCCAGACGACCUCAGUAGUCCGGGAGAUAUCAUUAAGUAUGUACUAGAGAAACAGAGAACAACGCCCCUCACCAAUGAGGGAUUAGCAGCAGCGUUAGUAGCAGCAAUGGCCAUGAGGGAGGAUCAGAGUAGGGGACCGUGUUUUAAGUGUGGACAGUUUGGUCACUUCAGGGCCCAAUGCCAAGCCCCUGGGAGACAGAAAGGGGAAGCGGGGCCAGACCAGACUUGCCAAGCCUGCGGGAGAUCAGGGCACUCCGCACGCCAAUGUCGGAAGUUUGUCAUAGUGCCGCAGGGAAACGAGGAUGGGAGGGUGCCUUAGGCCC